AUGGCGAUGGACAAGAAAUCAUUGUUCUACCUACUAUUGGGGGCCAGUGGACUGUUCCUGGUAGUCUUUGCUCAAUAUCUCGGCAGCAUCAGCGGUCAGCGUGUCGUACUCGUAAGCACGACUUUUGAGAACGGCUCGCUCGCUUAUCUCGGUGACAUCAGCAUUAACACGAGCGCUUUAGACCCGGAAGACGGGAUUUAUCUGAAGGUACGAAAUCGAUUAAGCGAUUUGCUGCAGAUGGUGAAUGGAACAAGUAAAAACGUCAGACGCGUUGCGAGCGGGAAAUUUAAGAAAGGUUUUUAUUAUAAUCGCGAUACAAUGGCGUUGAUAAAUGAUGACAAUCUAUUAACGAAUCCUAAUAUAGUGCAGAGUAGCCCAUUGUACACGUUGAGCAAAGUUUCAUCGAUCGAUUCAUCCUUUGCAAGACAAUCUGAUUCGACCAGCGCACCUAGUAAAAACGCAGGUGACGUCACAUCGAAUGCAAAUAUCAAGGAACGGAGCAACGCUGCAGAAAUCAACGGUCCUGACUCGCCGGGUCGCUACGCCAUGAACGACAGCUGUGUGUCACGUAAUACUGGUUUGGAAGACAUUCUUUGUAUGCGGCGGCCAACUUUCCUUCCCGACUACCGAAACCCGUGUUGGUACGAAGCGGAAAGGUUACGGUGCAUGCCGUACUUUCACAUCAUCGGCGUUUGCAAGACGGGAACCACGGACCUGUUUGAACGUCUUUCCCAUCAUCCGGAAGUCAUUAAGAACCGAGGCAUUAUGGGGAAGGAGACGUGGUUCUGGUCAUGGAAACGAUACGGCCAUGCUCAGUUCUACCGGCGUAACGAACCCUAUAUGCGUCUUGAUGAGUUCAUCAAUUUGUUCGAUGGCCAGACGAUAUCCAGCAUACGACAAACGAUGGCUAACGGAAGUGUAUUUCACCCAGGGGUAACAGGUCAUGGUGACCCUAUGGACUUCUACGACUUGACCUCGUGGCGCCACAUCGCCCAGAACGACCCCCGGGCGGACCUCCCUGCCGUAACUACGCCUCGUCUCGUGCAUCACGUGAACCCCGAGGUCAGGCUCAUCCUGAUCGUCCGUGACCCCGUAGAAAGGUUAUUCAGCAACUACCUGCACGCGCGGUUCGGAGAGACGUCACGUGACUUCCAUUUGGACGUGACGUCAUCACUACAGGUGUUACGUAAUUGCACCAGCAGUCGAUCGAUGAAGGCGUGUUUAUAUGAUGAACGCGUGUUUCGACAACUGAAGACUCCGAUUUCGGGAAGUUUCUACUCGAUCCACCUAAAGGAAUGGCUGAGAGUGUUCCCACGACAACAGAUGUUCAUAACUCGCAACGAGGAUUUUGCCGCUGACAUUGCGGGCACCCUGCUGAACAUCUUCCGGUUUCUAAAACUAGAUCCGCUACCUACUAGCUCACUGUACCGUGUAGCCAAUAUUCCACACUACUACGACACGAAGGCACGGCGGACCGCGGGAGGCAUACGUCCGGAGACGCGCGCAGUUCUACAGGAACUGUUCCGUCCGUACAACGAGGAACUGGCCACCAUACUGGGCGAUCAGAGGUUCAACUACAAUAUUGUACACGCGCGUUCUUACGUGUAUAACACAGAUAAUAUAUGGGGAUGA